AUGGACGAGGAGCGGGCUCACACAUAUUCGGAUCUGAAGGACGCUUUGCUCACGAAAUUUGACAUAUCCCCAGAGACCUACAGACAGAAGUUCCGGACGGUGACGAUUCCUGCUGGAGAGAACCCUGCGGAGACGUACCACCGCCUCAAGGGGCUCUACCGCCGAUGGAUCCGCCCGGAGCAGCACACAAAGGAGCAGAUCGGAGAACAGAUCAUCCUGGAGCAGCUUCUGCGUGUUUUCCCUGCAGAUAUCCGCACCUGGGUGAAGGAGCACGAGCCGACAGAGGGCCUAGCGGCGGCUAAACUAGCGCAGCAGUACCUCAACGCUCGGAGAGGAGGCCCGGCGCCUUACCAAGGUGGUCCCGGACGUCAGACUCCAGCACAGACCAGCUCUGCCAGAGUCCACACACAGCAGUCUCCAGACUCCAACCAUGCAGCCAGCCAGCGCGGUCCCGGUAAGGACUUUUUCGCCACCAUCGCCGCUCCACUGACCGCGCUGACGAUGAAGGACCAGAGGAACCCGGUCGUCUGGAACGAGGACUGCGAGACAGCCUUCCAGGCCCUCAAGUCCUACCUCUGCUCAUCGCCGGUGCUGCGGAGCCCCGACUUCGAACAGCGGUUCCUGGUCCAGACUGACGCUUCUGCCGUGGGACUAGGAGCGGUCCUGGCUCAAGGGGACCCUGGAGAAGAACGUCCUGUACGGUACCUGAGCCGGAAGCUGCUGCCGCGAGAGACCAGGUACUCUACCGUGGAGAAGGAGGGCCUGGCCAUCAAGUGGGCUCUGGAGAGCCUGCGGUACUACCUGCUGGGAAGAGAGUUCGACCUCGAGACGGACCACCGGGCGUUGACUUGGAUGAAUUCCAUGAAGGACCAUAACAGUCGUCUCACCCGCUGGUACCUCUCCCUCCAGCUGUUCCAGUUCCAGAUCCGCCAUCGAGCUGGGAAGACCAAUGUCGUGGCAGACUACCUGUCCAGGUUGCCGCACAUCGUCAACCUCGAGGAGGAGGGGGAUAAUGUGACGGAGCGCCAGGGACUGCUCCGUCAUAAACUGGGUGCUGCUCUCUCCCUGCGCUGA